AUGUCGGCAAACAGUGAAGAGGUUUUUGAGCGGGAUGAAGACAUGUCGUCCUGGAGUUCGGCGUUCGCGCCGGUCAGUAAACCAGCAGAUUCUCCGAAGAGCAAGCGCAAGAAGCAUAAGAAGCGGAAGAAGGUGAAGAAGAGACACUCCACGACACAGGAGCGCAGGCGAUGUGACAAAGAAGAGACCAAGAAGCGAAAGAAGAAAGAGAGGAAGUCGGCAUCAGUCCCGGAAGAUGCCGACAAUCGGGCAGAGCAGUUGCCCUCCUCCAGCUACACCGCCCGAGACCCUCAGGAGCAGGAGGGUUCAGCCCACGAAGGGCUUCCCGCCAACUUGGGCAGGUGGGUCUUCCAUGCCUCUUGGGAACCGACAGAAGAAGGAGACCAGCCGGAAGCGCCUCCCAAACGCAGUCCGGGGAGAGCAGCUGCGAAGAUGCUGGUUCGCGCCGGCCUUCGCUGUAAAUGUCAUUUCGCUCUCGACUGCCCCUCUCGAGAAGGCAACAGGCACGCAAGACGCACCCUCGCAGAAGCCUAUGAUGUUUAUGCUACUCGAGCCGGCUCAAGAGCUUUCAGUUUUCACCUUCGUUUCACCCUCCGUCUCACAAUGGUGACGCCAUUCAGCUUCGGCGCAUCGCCCUACCUCCCCACUCGCAUGGGCAGAGGUCGCAGAGACGACUCCGACUCCUCUGACAGUGAGGAGAUGAUUCCGACGAUCUACGGGCUCAUGCCCAUGAGGCGAAAAGCUAAGAAGAACCGCAAGCACAAGAAGAGCAAAGAGUCCAAAAGAGACCGACGCACCAAGAAGAAGGCGUCGAAGAAGCGCGCACCCAAGGCAAAGAAGAGCUCGUACAGCUCUGAAUCCUCCUCGUCCUCGUCUUCGCCGGAACGCCGCCGCCACAAGCGCAAGGAGCGUGCGGAAGCCGCUCCCUCGAGCCACAAGGGGGAGUCUUACCACACACCGUCCUUUACGAAGGACCAUUCCUUUGGAAGUGGCAAAUGGGGCGGACAGAGCUCCGGGUGGAAGCAGCCAGGCUGGCACUCGAACAAACAAUGGCAAGCCAAGUCUUGGCAGCCCAGAGGCUCCGGCAAGCCCUGGAACACUUGGACGGCGCAUGAGAAGGGUUACCAGUGGAAGCUCCCCGAACAGGAAGAAGAAGCCGAAGAUAGGGAGGAAGCUUCCAUGCAGGAAGCACUCAUGAAGAGUGCAAUGGAGGAGGCGUGGUCCGACCGCACUCGGACUUUGUCCUACAGUGAACUCCCGGCGGAUCAGCGCGGCCCCCCCUACAAAGAAGUCAUGGAGAAUGUGGAAGCUGAUGACAUCGAGCGCAUGGCCGCGCGGAUCAAGGAGCACUCCCGCCUCCCGGAGGCAAUGAUCAACUAUGUGUCCCGGUUCCUGGCCUCCCUCCCCGACGGGACGCUGCCGCAAGAGUUGAAAUGGGCGCAGCAUUCAGGAUCGCAUUUCUCCGCCUCGAUCCUCGAACUGGAGCUUAAACCCGACAUCGCCGCGCCGGAGCAGCUCCAGAUCCCGGACCCCGUCCACUCGCAGAGUCUGACGGCCGCUCACGGCACGAAGUGGUCCUCGGCUCACGGCAUUUUGAGCCAAAAGAUCAUCCGCCCUCAAGCAGCUCAGACCGACCAGUACCCGCCAUACGGGUUCUUCGCCCGUGGCAGCUGCGAGCAGUACUCCUCGCACACGGCAAUGAAGGCCCUGGAAGGGGUUGCGAGGAAAGCAAAGGCCUCGGGAAGUGGCAUCGCAAUUUUGGUGUCCGCAAGGGCACACGCGGUCCAACUCUUGGAAGGAGGCGUGGGCAAGCUUCAUGCAGCUUGCAGAAGAGACUGGGCGGCGCGAUCCUCAUCGGACCAAAGUCUGUGCAUCAGGUCGGAGGGCGCGACCAUAAAGGCCGUGGCGUUCAUGUGGCCGCGGUAG